AUGAUCAAACAGAAUGUAUCCGACGGUCAAAUUUUCGGCAAAAUGAUUCUCCUGGAAGAAGAACAGGAUCAACUCCUUGCAAUAGCCUUUUCCCGUCCCCAGAACCCAGAUGAUAUGCUAUGCCACGUAUACGAGUCGAUUAAUGGUCCUGAAUUGAAUUCAGAUAAGAUUGCCGAUGCCUUGAUAAGAAAAAAUCUUAUCUCGUCGAAGAGAUUCUGGUUACAAUCCCAUACCAAAUGGCUCAUUUAUGAAUACAUCCGUGAUGUAUCACCAGCCGAUCCGUGUGGGGAAGGACUGCUAGAUGGCAGUUGGGACCCAACAUAUAAACAACUCAUCAACGCCUUAGCCCUGAUUCCACAUGGUGAAGAAGCAAAAAAGCUUUCUUAA